GCUGGGAAGAAAGUCCCCCCGGUGAUCAUUGUUGAUGAAGGCCCUGCCUCCGGGGCGGAUGACGACAUGCAGGUGGCGAAAGUGCCGCCGGGAGUUCAGGGGCCAUCUUCCGAGGUCCUCAUGGUUUCCCUCCCGGCUGGUACGGCCGUGAUGAACGGUACGGCCGACCCGAGGGCACUUCUGAGAGGCAUCACCCUCGAGAUUGACAGAGUAGCCCUCGGGGCUGAUGAAGACGAAGCCCUCGAGGACAGGAUCCUCCGGUCUUCCCUCACAACCUGCAUUGCCCUCGGGGAGCAAGCCCGACGGCUAGAUGAGUGGCGCCUUCGCAAGGCCGAGCAGGAGGCCAAGAUGCGGGAGCUCAUCCGCCAGAAUGCAGACGUUGUUCGACAGAUGGCUAUGCUGGAGGAGAGCCUUCGGCAGAUGACCCUGCGGGCGGAGGCCGCAGAUCGGGGUAGGGCAGAAGCCGAGAGGUCCGCAGCUGAGGCCUUGGAGAUAGCUGUCAAGGAAGCCGAGGCCGCGAAGGUGGAAGCCGUCGAGAGAGCCCGAGGGGACGCAAUCUCGGGGUUCUUGGCAGGGGGGUGGCGGUCCGAGGAGCACAAGCAAUGGCUGUCCUCGGUCGUCGAGUCCUCGGUCGACGAGUGGUGUGAUGGGCCUGGCGUGGAGUGGGUUUCCCGAAAGGGUAAACAAUACUAUGAUGGGGGCGAGUUUUUCACUCAAGCCCUCAUCUACC